AUGGGCAAAUAUUCGAUUCGUACGAGCGCGAGCGCUCAUAGAGAACCUCUCCUGAGCCAAGAGGUAUGAAAUCUCGAACUUCAUCUUUCACCUCUCCUCGACUUGGAGUGCAAGGGUGGGUCUGUUUUCGGAGUUUCUUAUCUUGUCUUGAACGUCUCGGAUUGGAGAUUUUCUGUGCUGUCUAUUGUCUAUGGGGGCGCAGUUACAGGCUAAGGCGUGGUUCACUUUGAUUCAGUGUGCGUGCUGCUAUUUUUCAUUCGAGAAAAAUACCAGCGGAGUGUUUAAGUUUGGUUAUUUAUUGGGACUUGGUAUCAGCUCAGUUAUCUGCUGUCAUAAGCAUUUUCUGUAUAAUCCCCUCAAGUACAGAGUGGUGCCUCAUAUUUAAAUCUUCAUACAAUACAUGGAUGUAGAAAAGUAGAAGAGCCACGUCUAUAUGUCGUUCUAUUUCCGGUUCAUUAAUUUGAUUGCCUUUAUCGUCCUUCGACGUGUAAACCCAUCUGGUAUUUCAAGACGUUACAGUAAUAUAGAAGUUUAAUAAGGACAAAUUGUCUCCCUUUCACUAUUCAAUCUAGACUUAUUUUGAGAAUCUUUAUUCAUUGUAAUCACAGCUUUGAUAAUCUUAUGGAAAGACUCUACACGUAAGUUCUCAGUAAUGUCACAUUGAAGGUGUACUCUUUUUUUUGGGCAUGGUUCUAUUCAUAUUUUUUUGCGGUGACAUGGAUUGGUCAAGAAAUUUACUUUUUAAUGGGUUUUCUGUUGGGUCAAUUUUGCAGACAGCUCAGUCAUCAAACGAUCCUCUGUCAGAUCUUGAGCAUGGUGAUUCUGUACAGGUAGUUUUGUCAUUCUUCCUUUUCCCUAGUCGGCUGCUGAUGUAGGUUUGGCUGAUGGAAUUGACAAGAUUUUUCGUGGAAAUUUAGGCAGCUAAUGUUGGGCCAUUCAGGGUUUUAUCACUGGUAAGGUUUCAUUUUAUUCAUUCAGGUAAAAUAUACCAGCUUUAUUGAGCGUUAUAUGACGUACUGCAAAUUUUUAGGCCAAGCCUGAAGUGGGGAAGCUAGUUUUUGCUACCAUUUUCUUGCUGAUAGCUUCAACAACAAGCAUUCUGAUUGUAGGUAUUCCUUCCUUAAAUCCAUAAACUCGUAUGUUCAUUUUUUGACUGAUCAAUUCUUUUGCUCCUUUUUUCUUGUGCAUUUUAUUUAUGCGUGUCUCCUGGUUAAGACGUACAGAACAAAUUAGCUUCCAUGAAAGUACCAGCAUUUUUGUCGUAGAUUCUCCUUCAAACGUUUGACUUUACCUGCAAAUCCAGUGCAGACGUGUUGGCGCAGAUUAUCAAAAGUUUCAGAAGGAUCCUUGAAUCAUAAGUCUGACCUCAUACUGCACCCCAUAGCAUUUAAUCCCAUUAAUUCAGACCAUUUUUAAUGGACAUUGAAACAGUAGAGGCUAUUGAAGGCAUUGACAAGUGGGCAGCAUCCAUAAAAUGAAAAUUCUAAAAAACAUAUAGUGAAAAAACUCCAAUUUUCAUAAUAGUCUUGUGACGGUCUUUAUUUCCGCUGUUACUAUAAGCAUUGCUUAAUGAUCCCAGCAAUGGCGAGUGAAGCUCCAUCUGACCUCUGCAGAAUCUUGUGAGUGACAAGCAAGGUAUCUCCAUCUGGCUGCCUGAUUAUUGGCAAAGAUACUAGACGAUUGAGGACAGCAUAUCACUGAAAGUCUUAACAUGAUCAUGGUAUUUGGAUUUUGAGCAUUUAUAAAUUGUAAUUUUUAAAUGCGUGGUUAAUCAAUAAAACACUUGUUAUAACCGAAUAAUACAGUUUACCAUGAGACGGCCUUCAGGAAAAUAGAACUGCUUUAGUUUAAGCUUAUAUGUUGUAGUAUAAAUUAUUUUGCCACAACUUUCACUAGAAUAUGAUCUGGAGAUGUUAAUUCGAGUCUCAUAACUCGCUGUGACAAAGCUUCUUUGAUUUUUUUUUCAGCCCAGAUUUGGUGGGAAGAUCUUAGACAUAGUCUCAAGAGAUACCAGAACGCCAGAGCAGCAAAAUGAAGCUCUAGACGCUGUGAAUCACACAAUAUUUGAGAUCGUAUUAAUUGUUAUUAUUGGGUAUGGUAUGAUUUUUGUUUUUUUGAGAAUUUCAUGGCUACUCACUUUUUGUUCAUCCUUUAUUUCUGUAAAAAUUGUCUGUAUUCUUCAUUUUCAUAACUGUAGAAUUGGGUUGAACACAACAUGUUUUUCAACGGAGCAAUUAUGCAGAUGCGAUAUUUUUACAGCCCAACUCUCAUUAUAUAUCUACAUAGAAAAUUAUACAUUUGAGACGGAGGAAAAAUGCGUAAAUAUUCUGAGCGUUUUCUUCGAUUAAAGAAAGAGGGGGGUUGUCAACAUUCAUCCUACACAGCAUCAGUAGUCUCCGUUGGGGCACAACACUCGCUUUGAAAAAUGUGUGAAAACAGAUUUAUUGACUAAUUAUUAAUUAACUGUUGAAAGGUUUUUGACGUUGCCAUACAGUUACAAUAUAUAUACGGGAUAUUUUUUUAUUAUGGGAAAAAUCAUAAGAUCCUUAUGGAAUGACCCCACGAAAUCGUGUUCUCUAAAUAGUGUGUGGUAGCGGUCGAUAACAAAGAAUGGUAUCAAAGGAGAUCUAUGGGAGAUUUUUAAGGUGAUAUUUGCGGAACUGAUUUAGAAUAAGUUAUGAACAUACCUUCUUCUUAUAGAAUUCAAAGUCCCAACUAGUAAUGGUUUGCUGUUUAAAUAAGAUGAAGCACGGAUAUAAUAGUCUCCACUUGUCUCACUAUAUCAAACUAGCCUAGACAUCUUGAAGGUAAGUUCUCAAGCACUUCAAUAAAUAUGCAUACUUUGUCAUCAUCUCCUCUCGUGUAAUCGGAAGUGAUCAUCUAUAGAUUAUUUAUGUUUCAUGCCCAAAUUGAGCCUUAGAUGUUUGUCUGAAGUGCACAAGAAGCUGAAUAAGUGAUAACAAUUUUUUUGAUUUACUAGACGAGUAAAAUAAAUGACUUCUCUUAUGAUAAAAGAAUUUUGCCUAAUUGUCAUAAAAUCAUACUAUAAGUAAACUUUAUUUAAUGAGACAUGUACAGAUUUAAGGGAUCGAGUGAGACCUGUUUAAUAGAUUUUGUGAUGAAAUCCUUUUAGUUGCCUCUAGAGUAAAGCCCAUCUGACAAGUCUAUGAGAUGACACCUACAUAUAUAUGUCUAUCUCAUUUGACGAGUUUAUGGGACAAGCUUUUUUUCAAUGUGUCUGUGGGUUCUAACUCAUUUGACAGGCUUAUGAAACGAGGCCUAGUUCACAGAUGUUUACGAAAUUUAGCCUGUUUAAAAAAUUAAUGAGAUAGAACCCAUCUCUAUGUGUCUAUAAGUUAACACAAGACCCAUGUAAAGCCUUACUGGGAUUACAACAUUAUCCCUCAUGUCUCUAUAACAUCUUAUUGGAUCCUUGACUACUUGGGUCAAAAAGUCCCCAUAAGUUCAUAGGAGGCCCAUUAAAUAACAAACUUGCCACUAAGCUUAAGCUCACCGAAUGUGUUAAGAAGCCCUUUUAAGACUGAUAUGUUUUCCUUGUCUUCAGAUCUCUGAUCAUAUUAUCUCCACUAAGAGGUAAAGGAAACUCAUGGAAAAUAUCGAAUAGGGUCAGACUGUAUAUGGAAGGUGUCACAAGGACAUAUGAAUAGAGACAAAGCACUAGACAAUGAAUUUAUGCAAAUCCUUCCUACGGUCAUGUUCUAAUCAUUUUCUGGUGAAUGUUUGAAAGUAGGUAACAUUGGAUACCCUGCAAUCAAUGAGAUUCCUUUACCUCUUUGACCUGUUGCUUAAAUUAGUUUUCAGGGUGAAACAUGACAGGUGAAUUAUUUUCAUGUCAUUCACGGGUAUCAUGGUCAACUGUCUGAGUUAUGCAGCUAAUCAAUUUAGAAAAGUGCCCAAUAUGGUGUUUUUAAGAAUCCUCAAAUCUCAGCCAUUAUACCGUUAAGAAGAAAGCACUUUAGUUAUGAUCUGCAAGAGGAGAAGGCAUUUAAAGGUGACCUAGAUGAUCUGACUCAAAGAUGUACAUAAAAUACGUGACGUCCACAUUUAAUCUAUUUCAUUGUAUUUGGGCACAUACCACAAUGUGUGCUUAUGUGUGAGUUACAUGGCUUUUGGCUCUUGUUAUGUUGAUUUCACUCCUAUUGGACGGUAGGCAUUGAAUUCCAGGAUCUGAUCUCCUCUUUCUUAGUUCAUUUCAUAACUCGAGUAGGGUUCAGUUAGGUGUCUAAAUUUUUGAAUGACUAACACCCUCUAUUUUCAGAUCAAUUUGCACAUCCCUGCGAUCAUGGCUGUUUAACUCUGCCAGUGAAAGAGUAGUUGCUCGGCUCAGGAAAGAUUUGUUUCAGCAUCUUAUUUACCAGGUGAGUUCAACCCAGUGAUUCUUCCCGGUGUCAUCUGUCUUGUGCAUAGGUUUUCUUUUCAAAGUUGAUUUUAAUACUUCUAAUUCAUCCAGGAAAUAGCUUUCUUUGAUGUCACACGGACAGGGGAACUCCUCAGUAGGUUAUCAGAGGAUACCCAAAUCAUUAAAAAUGCUGCAACUACCAAUAUCUCAGAAGCUCUACGCAAUGUCUCCACUGCAUGUAUUGGGCUUGGAUUUAUGUUUGCAGCAUCAUGGAAACUAACACGUAAGGAGUUCUAGUUGUAUGCUUCACCAUUUGCUUGACAAAGUUAUCUAAUUGUUAUUCAAUUGCUUGGCUUCUUGUAUUUACAAAGAACUUUGUAUAUUCUUCAUAUUAAGCAUACCUUUUCCUUAGAUUUCAUAUUCAGAAGAGUUUUCUUCUCUUGUUUCUGGAUACACUGUAUUUACAAAGAAAAAUGUUCAUAUUCAGUAUACUUUACUUUUUAGAGUUCAUAUUCAGAAGAAUUUCUUCUUAUGUUCCUCUAAAAACUUACCACCAUGUUCUUGACGACCUAGUCCACAUAUGGGGAGAUUUGAAAUUCAGAAAUUAAUAUAUGUCGAUUCAGUGGCCAUUGUUUGAAGUGAUCUAGAUUUUUUUUUUAGUGAAGUCUAAUUCUGACAUGUCUAGGAUGCACCCUUGGGUCAUUUUUAAGGCUUCUGUCUAACUUGAUCAAAGCCUCAUGUAUGAAAUUAAUUUUGUCAUCCGUUUAGUGGUGAACGAAAUAUAAAAAUGACAUGCUUGUUUUCAGUGGAAUAAAUGCAGCUAAAUUACAUUGUAUUCUGCAUUGAAAUUAGAUUGCUGUUCUCUUUGCAUAAUAUGUGACAGAAAAAUAUGGCUAUUAUCUUACAUUAUCUAGAAUAAUUUUCUCCGUUUUCAAAUUUUUUCUUUAUAGAUUAUGCCCUUCUCAGUGAUUUUAUUUUUUAAAAUUAACUUGUAUCAUUUACACGAUGAAUUACUAAUGUGAGUUUUGAUUCCACUUCACGAAUAAAUUUAUGUCGUUGCUUUUUCAUAAUAAAAUCGUCAAUGUUGAAAUCUGUAUGACUUAACUGUGCUCUCAAUAGUUUGCGUGUGAACGUAACAUAUUCGUGUAUGGAACAUUUUUGAGAGAACGGAAGGGUGAAACUAUUGAUCAAUUGUCUUUCUCUACAGUCUUGGCAUUGGUUAUUGUACCUGCUGUGUCUGUUGCUGUGAGAAAAUUUGGGCGCUAUCUUCGGGAACUUUCUCACAAAACUCAAGCUGCUGCAGCAGUAGCAUCCUCGAUUGCUGAGGUUUUUUUUUUUUUUUUGAUCGCCUUCAUUCUUCAGUUUGUGUAUGUGACCGUAACUACUGAAUCAAUGGAGAACACAAUGGCUUACGUAAUUGUGAUUUGUGAUACACCUUGUAAUUGGGUAUGCUGAAUUUGUAAUUUUCCCUUUUUUUAACCUUCUUACGUGUAUAUUCAAGUUUUUAAAAAAUGAAAUACACAGGAUGACAUUCUUAUUUCCGUGGAAAUGAUUCUAUCAUGCUUAAAUAUUUUUUAACCUAACAUCUGCCUUUUCCAUAGCUUCCUAGUGAAGAACUGCAUCAUUAUGUCAUGACUUCACUUGAAACAGACUGUGCCUUGCAUAUUUCAUUUUAGCCUACAAUAUUUUCCAUUAAAAAUAUAAUAUUUCAAGGGGUAUUAUAAAAAAAUACUCUAUAUAAGAUAUGGUGUAUUUCUAAUUUUCGAAUUUCAGCAAGUUCUUUUUUGCAUGAAAAUCGCAUUAUUUGAUUCGACAUGACACGUGAAAAAGGGAAACUUGGAUGCAUUUUCUAAUCUUAUGUAAUGCAUUGGUUUGUUCAAAGAGCAUAAUGUAUACAUUUGUCAGGACGUCUUCAACAUGGAUUCCUUUUCUCAAAUGCUCUUGUAUUUUUGUUUCAAAGAGCUUAAUGAGAAUUCAGUAUUCUAAACGGCAUUAUUAAACUUUGAAACAACAGAGUAUGUUGUUUUGAACUAGUAAACACUUCAAUUGAUUUAAAUAUCCUUCUAAUCACUUUGAUUACUGGUUAUUGCUACUAUGAAGGAUCUCGUUUCUGCUUCUCUGUAAUUCGUCUUACUGUGAUGUAGAGUUGGAGGUUUGUUUUGCCAAUGAUAUUUGCUUCUUGUUGCCAAGGCAUGAGAUCUACAUGAACUUUUAUUUGUGUUGUCAAUUACGUAUUCAUAUGGAAAAUAAAGUAACACAUUUGAUACCAUCUUAUUGUUUGCCACUGUCUGUUCACGUACACCAUUAAUUAGUUCAUUUGGAUUCAGGAAUCUUUUGGAGCAAUACGUACUGUUAGAUCUUUUGCUCAAGAGGAUUUUGAAGUUUCACGCUACUCUGAGAAAGUAGAUGAGACAUUGAAACUUGGACUGAGACAAGCAGUGAGUUAUAGAAUCACAAUUCUUGCAUAAAAUGCCAUUGUUUCUCUUUUGUCUGAAACAGUGAGUCAUUGUUCUGUUGCAGAAAGUCGUUGGACUUUUCUUUGGGGGAAUGAACGCUGGAUCGACAUUGUCAGUAGUUUUUGUGAUGAUCUAUGGCGCUAACUUAACAAUAACUGGAUCAAUGACACCAGGCUCACUGACGUCAUUCAUUCUUUACAGCCUUACAGGUUUUCUUAUGUUCUAUUCAGUCCCUAAUAUACACUGUGUUUUCGUUCUGAAGUAGCCUAGAGCUGUUGUUUUGCCGGGUACUCCAAUUCGUUUCAUACAUGACAUCCACUAACUGGACUCCCUUGACGUGCCUUCCCCAAACAAAAAAUUGGCAGUUGGUUCCUCUGUGUCAUCAUUAUCUGGACUGUAUACAACUGUGAUGAAGGCAGCCGGAGCGAGCAGAAGAGUUUUCCAGCUACUAGAUCGUACAUCAUCUAUGCCAAAAGCUGGAGAAAAAUGUCCUAUGGGGUCAGUUGACGGAAAUCCAAGCUGUUGGUUUCCUUCCUACAUUUAUUCUUAUAUUUUCUUUCAUACAAGUUUACCUGCUGGGCUGGUUUUCACUGCAGUGGCUUCGAGGGGGAUGUCGAGUUAGAAGAUGUUUGGUUUGCUUAUCCUUCCCGCCCUAACCAUAUGGUCCUAAAGGUAACUAAACACCUCUUCUGAGAAGAUAAUACCUUAACAAUUUUUUGUGGAAAUAAGCACAAAUUACAUGAUAACAACUCUUUUUCGAUAGAUACGAAUUACUUCUGUGUAACUAAAUGCGUACUUUAACAACGUAGACAUAUUUUGCAGUAUGAAUAAAACUAUUUUAUGUGGAACUAUAUCGUAACAAUGUUUUGUGAGCAAAAAAAGAUAGCUGUAUCACUUUGAGGGCUUUGCGCCUGUGCCUCUCCUUUUUUUUCUUGGCUCCUCUCAUUCUUCCCUACUGUUCACCGGUCAACUUGUAAUCUAUUUUGAGAGGGGAGAGAGAUGGAUCUUUGGCCAGGAUUCAGUAGAUAUGAAGUAUUUACCUUGUCGUUUCUGAUGUCCUCUUUUGAUAAUUUGUUAGUUACAAAGUGACCUACCUUCUUCCAAAUUUGGUGUUUUUGAUUUCUUUGAAACCCUUAGAUGAUGAAAGUGUGGGGUUACACUUGAACAUCCGAAUGUGAUUAUCUGUGAUAGAUGUAGACAUUCGAUAUCUAUUACAAAAUAAAAAUAGAGUUGAGUGCCAAGUAUACCUAGGUUGGUUGGACUCGAGGUUGAUGUUCUUCACUCGAUCCCCAAGCUCAUUUUCAUGUUCUUUAUAUUAGUUCUCCUCAGGGUUUUCUUAGUCAUGGAUCAUUUUCUUGAAUUUCAUCUGAUCAAAUGGUUUCCUGCUGAUAUUGGGUAGAAUAAGAAUCUUUCCCAUUUGAAUACGAAUAGAUCAUUGGGAUCAAUAUACUCAACAUUAGGAAGAAAUCUCAGUUCUAGGUUAAUUUUCCAAAUUCAGGUGACUACUGGAUAUUGAAUGUGCAGAGCUUUUAUGAUUAGCGUUGUAGAACCCAAAGAUCGGAUAGAAAACGAUGUUUCUCUCGACAGUUAUAUUGAAUAUAUUGGCAAUUGUUUGCACAUUCCAGUAACACACAUGAGACUAAGUAGACGGUUGGUAUUACAGUCAGGCUCCAUAGACUAGUUACGAAAAUAUGAAUCACUCCAAAAUUAUAACUUCCAAAGUUCGUAUAAAUUCCCCAAUAUUUUUUUUUAUCAUGAUUUAUGUUGUUCAGUGGUGGCGCUAUCAUUACGUGUAGUGUAAAAUAAUAGCUCAAAUGGUUAAUUAGUUACUAAUAUCUGUUAUAAUCAGAAUUUUUUUUACGCCUGGGAAAAUUAUUUUGAUCUCCUUUUUUUCAGGGUAUAUCAUUGAAGCUGAAACCUGGAUCAAAGAUUGCACUUGUUGGACCAAGUGGAGGUGGAAAAGUAAGCUUACCUUAGUUUUUCCCUGCGUACUGAAAGGCUUUCCAAAAUUUCAUCGUGGUUAUGUGUCAAAUUAUCUUUAACUGUUAAUCUUUGUGCUUAUUACAGACAACGAUAGCAAACUUGAUCGAGAGAUUUUAUGACCCCAUGAAAGGGAAGAUCUUACUAAACGGGAUGCCGUUGGUGGAAAUAUCACACAAAUUUCUCCACAGAGAGGUAUUCAUUGCAUUGUCAUCGACUUACCUCUUAUAUGUUCAUCGUAGUCAAUACUACAUAUUUCUGUGUACAUGGAUCAAAACUCUGAUUUUAAAAAAACGAAGUAUCAGUACUUAAUUGGUAUCCAACUCGAAAGCACAGAGGAAAUAUGAAUAAAGUAGAAGAACGAAAUGCCUGGUAACCAGGCAGAGCUAGUCCUGUGACUUCCGAAGCAAUUUGUUCCAUUUUCUGAGUGUCCCUUAUCUUGGAUCUUCUGGCCCUUCUUCCACCAUUUUAGCCUUAAAACUCAUAUUUUUCGAUGCUUCCCUCCAUUUGGCUGUUUUUUCGUUGGCUUUUGGUAGAAAAACUCAUGCCCAAGCGUAGAGCAUGCUGGUAUGUGCGAUAAUCAUAUGGUCAAACUUACCAGGAGGAGUCAACAGAGUUGCCUUUUUUUAACAAAGAGGAUAUGUAAGGCUGUGUCGGGUGUGUAGGAUGUGUCUGGUUUCUUGAACUCUUUGUUUUGGAUGGGGUCUUGAAUAUUUUGCAUCCAAGAAAUCCAGUACAAAACUUUUGUACAUUCCAACUUUUUUCUAUUAUUUUAUAUAACUCGGAUCAUUGCCAAAAACGUCUAGUAAUUCUUGCAAGGACCCGGAGUCUCAGACAGUAUUGACUUCCUGUCAAGUUGAGCUUAAUCUCCUGAUCGUGCUCAUUUAUUUCUGGGUUCUUCUCUCCCAUAAAUCUGCACUAACCGGUUCUUCAUAAACCACAGGUCAGCAUAGUAAGCCAAGAGCCUGUGCUUUUCAACUGUUCGAUCGAGGAGAACAUUGCAUACGGAUUGGAUGGAAAAGCCAGCAUUGCUGACGUAGAAAACGCUGCUGUAAGGCUCGGGUUUUUUUAUUUGUGCGUUAUGCUUAUCCGAAAAGCGUCCCACUCCUGACACGCUGAACCCCCAAUUCCAGAAAAUGGCUAAUGCACACGAGUUCAUAUCAAAGUUUCCCGAUCAAUACAAGACCCACGUGGGAGAACGAGGGAUACGGCUUUCUGGGGGCCAAAAGCAGAGAAUAGCGAUUGCAAGAGCCCUGCUGAUGAAUCCCAAGGUUCUACUUCUGGAUGAGGCUACAAGCGCUCUGGAUGCUGAGAGUGAAUACCUCGUUCAGGUGCCCCCAAUAAUUUCAAUAUAUAUAUAUAUAUAAAUUAUAUUUUUGGAACUACUUAUUCGUUCAUUUUUUUAAUUUAUGGGUGCUUCCAUAUUUUCCCUCUUUUUCUGUUCGCAUUCAAGACCAGAAUAUAUUUUGGCGAAAUUCUUUAAUAGUCAGCAAAGUUUUUAUUUUAUUUUAUUUUAUUUUAUUUAUUUGACAGUGAUGUUCAGACGCCAAGAGGCUUGUUCUCCUAGUGCUGACAUCUCAUUGUUGGUGGAAAUGACUCAUCUUCCCAGGAUGCCAUGGAUUCCUUGAUGAAGGGAAGAACCGUCCUGGUGAUAGCGCACAGGCUUUCUACUGUCCAGAGCGCAGACACGGUCGCGGUCGUUUCGGAGGGGCAGAUUGCUGAGAGCGGUACCCAUGAAGAGCUCCUGAAGAUGGAUGGAGUUUACACUGCUCUGGUGAAGAGGCAGCUGCAGGGGUCCAGGAAGGAUGUCUAG